CGCGGAGCCGCGAGGGCCGAGACCGCGGCGGAGAGCAGCGGAGAGGCCGAGACUGGGCCGCGGGUCAACCCGGACACCGGACACCGGGACACCGGACACCGGGACACCGGACACCGGGACAGGCCGCGGGCAACAGGCGGAGGGGCAGCGGGAGAGAGAGAGAGAGAGAGAGCGCGCGGGGCGGCCCUGAGCCUCCGGGAGACAGAUUUUACCCACGUUUUGCUGUUGAGAAUCACUGGAUAUGACGACCGCCUCGGAGAGAAAGUUCAUAAACCUGCGGAAACGCUUGGAUCAACUUGGCUACAGACAGCCUCUCGGGAUAGAGUCCCUUCCGCUGGUGGAGAAGCUUUUCAGUGAUUUGGUGCACACAACAGAAAGCCUCCGCAAUGCCAAGCUGUCAUGUGGGAAAACCGAGAAGGAGAUUGAGAACCUGGACGCUGUACUUGAGCCGUACAGGACUGAGAAUGGACAGCUUGUCAGGGAAAACAAUAUGCUGCACCAACAAUUACUAAAAGUAAAGGAAGAGUCAGAUCACCUCUGCAGAGAUUUGAAAGCCACUGUUCGGAAGCUGGAGCAUGACACUGCAGACCUGAAGUUCUUAAAUAACCAGUAUGUGCACAAAGUGAGGUCACAGGAGAAGGACAGUAAAAUUAAGACUGAAAAAAUCCAACAGCUCCAGGAGAAAAACCUACAGGCUGUGGUGCAAACUCCAGGUGGUAAAAAACGGUCCAUCCCAUUCCGUCGACAGCGAAUGCAAAUUGACCAUCCCGUCCCCCCCUCAGGGAUCUCAUCAGCACCUUUACCUCAUUGUGAUGAUCCAUAUGUUCUGGACCUCUUGAAGGUGGCUGACUGCAGAAUACAGGAUCUGCAGAAUACAGUUGAUAGAUUGAACGAUGAACAGGAGCGAGCUGAUCGUGACGUAAGGAAGUUCAAGAGACAGAUCGAGGCAAGAGACCAGGAAAUAGAGCGUCUGAACCGAGCUUUGGAAGGAGGUCGUCCUCACGAUGUCAUCUCUCUUGAAUCUAAAAACAGAAGCAAUGAGCGCCUCAUAGGACAUUUAAACCUACAGGUUGAAUAUCUUCAGCGAACUAACUGCGAUCUAGACAAGCAGGUGAAGGAGCUUCAGGAGAAGAAAAGCAAUGCAGCAAAUGAACUUGUAAACUUAAGCAGCAAAAACGAGCACCUAUGUAAUGAACUGAAUGAGAUUGACCACUUGGCACAGCAGUUAGAGCAAGACAAAGAAAUGGCACUGGAGAUUGCUGACAAGGAAAUUCAAGCAGCUAAGGAUGAAGUCAAGAGGCAGUGUGUAGAAAUAGAAGAACUUCGAGAAAGAUUAUCGAAAUUCAGGGCUGAUGAAAUCCAGAAACAGCACAGAGAAUUGGAAGGAUUUGAAGAUACAUUAGCUAAACUGAACAAAGAAUUAACUGCCAGCCACAGUGAAAAUGCCAAGCUUCAGAACGACCUGCAUUGUAAAAUGAAAGAAACUCAAACUCUUAAUGACUUAUUAAAUCAAAUGAAGCAGGAAAAGCAAAGACUGUGUGACCGAGUUGAAAAACAAAUAACAAAAGAGCGAGAGCUAGUCAUGGAUUUGGAAAGAAUGCGAUCACACCAUGGGGCUCUGCGAGGGGAUAGGUCACCAUCUCGCUUGGACAAAUUUGUGAAGAGUUUGGAGGAAGAGAGGGAUUACUACAAAUGUGAGGUAGAAUACCUUCAGGGUAUGGUGAGCGGACAAAGUAGCCCAUCUCGUUCUCCGAGGCGUGGCCGCAGUCCAUGUCGCCUUUCACCUGUGAAGAGUAACAGAUCUAACUCCGAACUGUUCAAAGUCAUCAGAGAGCGAGAUGAGCUGCAGUGUGUGCUGGAAAAAUUUGAGCGACACAUGUCAGAAAUCCAGUGUAAUGUCAAGAUGCUGACUUCAGAGCGUGACAAAUUGAUGAUGCUUUAUGAAGAGGCCCAAGAGGAAUUGACCAGGUUAAGAAAGGAAGCUACGUCACCAAUGUCUCAAAGGCGAAUGGAAGAAGAAAGAGACGAUGCUAGAGCAGACCUGAAGAGAAUGACCUCCGAGAGAGAUAGCGUGAGAGACAGGCUAAAGAGUGUUCUUGAAACAAAUGAAUGUAACGCAAAACAGAUGGAACAGAGGAUGUCACAGUUAGAAAAUACAAUUCAUGAACUUGAAAAUGAGCGUUUUGCCUUGAAGAAGAAAAUAACGACACAGAAGGAAACGAUAUCAGAACUUGAAGAACGGUACAGGUGUAUAUCACAAAAACUCCAGCAAAAUUCAGAUAAUGCUUCUCAUCACAAGGCAGAGCUGAGUUCACUUAGGUUAAUAAAUGAACAGCUGGAGAAAUCUCUUACAGACUCGCAGCAUCGGCUUUCUGCAAAAAACAAUGAGCUACAAUCAAUUCAAGAUCAAAUUGACCAACAAGAAGAUAGACUAGCUGAGUUCAGUAGACAGAGUUCUGCUCAGCGAGACGAAAUGAACCUGCUAAGAAGUACCAUAUCUGCUCUGGAUAAGGAGAAGGAUUUCCUGCAGGAAGCUAUGGAUGAAAAGACUGAAAGAGUAGCUAAUCUGGAAGAUAACAUGGCGAAGAAGGACAAGUGCAUUACCAAUAUGAAGAUUACCUUGACUGAACUUGAAUCUUCCAUUGAUCGACUGAACGACUCCCUGUGUAAUCGAGAACGGGAAGUAAACAGUUUAUGCCGCCAGCUGGAUUGCGUUAAUAAUGACUUGAGGGAAGCAACAAGGACACGUGAUAUCGCUCUGAAAGAAAGUCAACGUUUACAAGAUGACCUGGUUACUAUGACGAGGGAAAAUCAGGCUAUCAACACUGAGCUGGAAGAAGCUCUGAAUGAGAAAGAUGAAUUGAAAUCAAGAGUUCAUAACUACAUCACUGAGGUGUCAAGAAUAGAGAACUUAAUGGCUUCCAAGGAACAAGAACUACAUCAUAUACUGGAACAGUUCCGACUAGCAAGUAACCAAGCUGAAUCCUGGGAACUUAAGGCCCAUCAGGCAGAGGGAGAGAGCAGUUCAAUGCGACUGGAGCUCCUCUCUGUCGACACAGAGCGACGGCAUCUGGAGGAAAGAGUGUCAAAGUUUGAAAGGGAAAUACAGGAGCACAUCUCUGCCCAAGAAGCAUAUGAGCAUGAGAUUUCUUGCAUUGCAAAAUCCACAUCCAAGAUGGAAGAAGAGCUACGACAGACCAAGUGUGAGAAUUCCCAUAUAUUAGCAGACCUGUCCUCCGUCAGGGAACUUUGUAGCAAAAUGGACUCUAAUAAGGACCAGAUGUCGAGACAACUUAAUUGUAAGAAUAUGGAACUUGAAAGGGUUUUAAGUGAGCUGGACGAUGUGAAGUCAGAAACUGAGCUUCUCAAGAAACAGUUGAGCAGUGAACGGAUUACUAUAAAGAACCUGGAGACACUGUUGUCAUCAACUCGAGAAAAGGAGUUUCAGACUCAUCUGUCACAACAUGAAAAGGAAUCCGAAAUACAGCUUCUAAAGGACAAGCUGGCUCUCACUGAGAGCAAAGCAACAAGCCAGAAUCGAGAAAUAUCUCAGCUUCGUAAUAAAUUUACACAGGUUCAAAAUGAACUUGAUGUUCUCAAACGCCAACUAACUACAGAACGUUUUGAAAGAGAGCGAGCAAUUCAGGAGAUGCGUCGCCAUGGGCUCUCUACAUCUUUAUGUACCUCAUCCCCGGUCAGAAGAUCAUUGAGUCCUCUUUCACGUUCCCAAGAUAGCUGCUCCCCUCUCAGAGGAACAGAACGCUGUACUGACUAGUUCAAUGGCGAAAGUUUACUUUGAGUAGGCUUCACUCAAGUCAUGAGCAUGCCUUACAAAACGGAGCCACAGGUCUCAACAAAAGUGAGUUUUGGAAGUCAGGUGCUGAAACGUUUCCAUCAGCAUUAGUCUAUCAUCAGCCUUUCUGGAAUUCUGACAUGAAGGAAACUCAUGGCCAAGAGAAGAUUGUUUAUUACAUUCUAGUCAUAUAGUGCUUGAUUUUCAGCACGUUCAUAUCUGCUCUACACUGUUGUCGGUUUGUUACUUUAACAUUUUAGUUUUAUUAAAAAAAAACAGCUUUUUUUCCCCAUUUAUUCUGAGCAUCUAGCAUGUACUUAGCACAGUACAGAACAUUGUCUCGUCUUAUCAAAAAUAGAUCUAGGUCGGUCAAUCAAUUCUUCCCAGAAUGUGUUGCACAGAACAGAUCAAUAGCAAAUUUGCAUUAAUAUUCAGAUCAAAAAUCCUGGUGACUGUAUGCAGAGCUACAAUUAGAAACAAUUAUUAAUAGUUGAUUUUGUGCUAGAUUUUCAUAUAACCUUUAUUGAUCGUAUAAUUCCAUGAAUUUCACUGGAUCAAAUAUAUUGACUUGAUGACAAGUAAACCAGAAAACAACACAACUUUUAAAAUUGAUCAGCUCACGUCAAGCAGUUGAUAAUAUGAAAUAAGUACAGCUCUUUAACCAUGUGCAUUAAAAUUUGCUUUUAAAAUUCUACAAUCUGAGAAAAGUGAUGUGAUAAAUCUUUAUCAUAUCCUAAUCAAUUAUUUGUUUCACAAGUAAUUUGAUAAACAGAUGUGAACAAAAAUGGAGCAUUGACAUUCUUGUGUUAUCUGAUGCAAUGCCCAGAUAAUGCUACAAAUCUUGUGUACUGUAUUGUCAGUGUUUGUGAAGAAAUUAUUUUUCAAACGCUGCGGCCACUAAAAUUAUUUUUGUACUGAAUUAGGUUUUCACUCUUAAGUUAUUUAUUGAUAUGUUUGUUCUCAGUUAGUAUAACAGAAAUAUUUUUGCUACCAGUUCCAACUGUUUAAAGAUGAGUGGUGACAGUGGUGGGUUAUUAAACCACAAAGUGUUCUUUAAACAUUAAUGACCCAGUCAUUAACCACGUUUCAGCAUCUUGGCAUUUUCCUCAAGUGGUAUUUGUAUUGAAAAUAAACUUCUGAAUGUAUUUAAUGACUGCAAAGGAGGUCCCUGGGAUGGAUCUAGUGAAUGAUUUCAACAUAAAUUAUUGAGGAAUGUAUAUUAAUUGCUUGCAGAACAAUCUAUAGAUAAUUUCCAAAAGGUGAUGUUAAAUUGUUGAUCAGGUCUAUGUGGCUAAUCAUUCCUUUAACCAUAGAAAAGCCAGUGCAAUAGCAUAUUUCAAAACAAGUCACUGAUACUAACUUUCAUAUAUUAAACUUGAUCUUAUUUUCCCAUUAUUGCCAAAUUUCAUAUUUCAUGGCUCAAUUUCUACUGCUCAGUAGGGUGUCUCAACUU